UCUGUGCCCUCUUCAAUCAGUGAAGCUCUGGAACUCGACGACGCUCAGUCGGGGCCAGCAAUUGCGACGCCGAAACCGAUUGACGCUGCCAUUGCCGACAAAGCCGCAGCCAUGGCGAGUAAGCUAGCACCCUUCCUCAUGCGGACGGUCGUUCGGUCGGCGAGCCGGGCAGCGCGGCCAAUCGCACCAGCGACCCGGGCAUUCUCCCUCUCGGCGAGGAAACAGAGCGAUAGCCUCAUGGUGCAUCGCAACACCCCCGACAACAACCCGGACCUUCCCUUCAAGUUCACCGAGCAGAAUGAGGCCAUCAUCACCGAGGUCCUCAAGCGUUACCCGCCCCAGUACAAGAAGGCCGCCGUGAUGCCGCUGCUCGACUUGGGCCAACGGCAGCAUGGAUUUACCAGCAUCAGUGUCAUGAACGAGGUGGCCCGCAUCCUCGAGAUGCCGCCGAUGCGCGUUUACGAAGUGGCUUCCUUCUAUACCAUGUACAACCGGACACCCGUGGGCAAGUUCCACGUCCAGGCCUGCACAACGACACCCUGCCAGCUCGGCGGGUGCGGCAGCGACGCCAUCGUGAAGGCCAUCAAGGAGCACUUGGGCAUCAAGCAGGGCGAGACGACGGCGGACGGGCUCUUCACCUUCAUCGAGGUUGAAUGUCUUGGCGCUUGCGUCAACGCGCCCAUGAUCCAAAUUAACGACGACUACUACGAGGACCUGACACCCGAGUCCAUCAAGUCGCUGCUGACGGCGCUCAAGGAGAGUGUGACGGAGGUGGGCAAGGCCGAUAAGGUGCCCAAGCCCGGGCCGCUGAGCGGGCGGGACACGUGCGAGAACAGCGCCGGCCUGACAAAUCUGACGAGCGAGCCGUGGGGGGUCGAGAAGACGCGGGACGAUUUGUAGACUAACCAACGGCAUCCGGGGUUUGAUAGACGGGUGUACAAAACGAAAGUCUUGACUGUAUUUUGCAAGGGGGUCGCUAGUUGAGAAUGCAGUGACA